CUUACAGAGUUUGUCUGGUGUUUAGCUCAACCUGAAACUUUACAAACACACUUCACGUGAAAGAGCCAUUGGAAAGUCUGGGAGUAUCUGAGGAGGAUAGCGGAGUUACCAGUGGUGGAAUGAGAAACAAAAGCGAGUGUCUCUGGUGUCAUAAUGUCACGGUGAUUUUACUUUGUUUCAUCAUUUCAUUGCUACAUUGAAGAUACGCAUCGAAGCUUCGAAAUGUCGCGAAGCGGCGGUGAGAAAGAACGCAAAUUUGAAUUGGACUAUCGGAUUGACUCCGGAAUCGAAUCGAUAUCUCUCUCCAGAGAUUACGGGAGUUUGGACAGUUCUGAUGAGAAGGAUAAACUCGGCACAGAAGAGCGUCUGGACUCUGCGUACGCUUCUUCGUCGUUAACAGUGGACAGUUUGGGGGAUUUAAUCGAGGAAUGCAGCAUUUCUAAAUGUGAACACACGACUGACUGUGAAUACACUGAGGAGGAAGUGAAUUUCCUAACCACUGUUACAGACGAUGGAGACACGAUCCUCCAUUUGGCCAUAAUCCAUGAAGAGCAAGGCUUCGCGCGUCAGCUGAUAGAUCUGUUUCCUCCAGAGCUGAUGGAUAUUCAGAACAACUUGUAUCAGACGCCGUUGCACCUGGCCACAUACCUGAACCAGCCCAAGGUAGUGAAGGGUCUGCUGGAAAAGAGGGUCUCACUGGAGCUCCAGGACCAAGAAGGAAACACCGCUCUCCAUGUGGCUUGUGAGCACGGAUUCCUGGAUUGUGCCAAUGAGCUGGUCCACAACGCCUCGCCCAGCAAACUCACCAACGUGCUGGAAACACAGAACUGGAGAGGUCUCGCAUGUCUCCAUGUGGCCACCGUACACAAGCACCAUCGCCUCAUGCGGCUGUUGAUGAAGAACGGUGUGGAUCUGAACAUACAGGAGGGAACGAGCGGGAAGACGGCGCUACAUGUGGCGGUGGAGCUCCACGAUGUGCCCGCGGUGACUCUGCUUCUGAACAGAGGGGCGAAUGUUGACGCCGUCAUGUUCAACGGCUGCACCGCUCUGCAUCUGGCCGUGGGUCGACAGGACGCCCCCAUCGCAAACCUCCUGUGCCAGGCCGGAGCCGACAAGAUGAUCCGAAACAUGGAGGACGAAACAGCCCUGGAUCUAGCAGACGGCAACGACGAUAUAUUGGCCUUGUUCCCCUUUGAUGACAUUCAGAUCAUGGGCAGGACUGUAACGAACUUGAGGACAUGUAACUAAACAUGUGAACACGAGGGACGGCAUGUUCUUAAAAAAAAAAAAAAAUACAAACAAAAAAACUUUGAUCUGAAGUUGCAGGACUUGUGGGUUUGUGUGCCGGUAACCGCAACUAUUUAUGUCCAGUGAUGAUCGUGCUGGUUGAUUUAUUCAGCGGUAACAGCUUCCGCCCAUUCAUGCAGAAUUAUUUGCUGCUGCUUCAUCCCAUGGAG